AUGACGGCGUCUACGCGCGUGACGAUCGGCGCCGGUCGCCUCUCGAUCGCAGACGUCUGCGCGGUCGCUGCGCUCGACGCGCCGGUCGCUCUCGACGCGCCAGUGGCUCUACUUGCGACCGCGCCGGCCGCCUGUCGGCUCCAGUGGUCGGCGCGCUCGUGCGCCUCCGCCUCUCUCUCCUCUUGUGCGGCGUCUGCGUCGUCUGCGUCGCUUGCAGUGCGCCGCGCGACGCUCGUGCUGCUGCUGCACCGUCUGCUGCACUUGCAGUCGGUCGAGAAUGCGGCGCACGUGGCCGCACUGCUCAACCAGCCGCUCGAGUCGAGCGCUCCUGUGGCCGCCUGCGCCGUCGAUCUGCCCGUCGCGCUCGCCCCCGCAGCGCAGGCGCUCGUGCACCAGACGCCGCUCACGCUGUUGGCAGAGGCGGUGCUGACUGUCGGCGGGGCGCGCGCUCUGCUGCCGGUGGCGGACGCAGUGGCUGCGAUCACGUGCGAGUCGCUGCGCGUCGACUCGCGCGCUUUCGACGCAGAGUUUGUCGACAGCGCGCGGCCCCAUCGCGGCAUUCUCACGUCGGCGCAGAACCUGCGGCUGCUGCUGGACGGGUCCAAGUACGUCAACAGGCAGCAAGUGGACGUCGCGGCCAUGACCAGUGUCCGCUGCGUCCCGCAGUACCACGGACCGGUGCGCGACGCUGUGCUGAUGGCCUACAAGACUGUCGAAGCUGAGGUCAGCGGACUGGGGCGCUGGGGCGGGUCCGCCGACGUGGAGAUCCACCCGCAAGUGCUGCAGACAGCGCUCUCGAGCACGACCGACGCGCUGCACGUGCUGCUUCGAGGCAGUACGGAUCGUCUCCGGCUCCUCGGCGCUACGGCUGCUGACGUGCCGUGCACGAUCCACGCUGUCGCGCUCGUGGAGACAACUGCCGCUGCACUCGCACGUGAGCUCGUGCCAUCGUUGCAGUUUUUCACCGAGGAAGAAGCGCAGCUGAAACGUUCGCUGGCUGAGAAGACUGCGAAAGCGCACGAGGCAGCGGCGAAAGCUGCAGCUGCGGCGGCCAAGGAAGACGCGAAGCUCGCGGCGAUGUCGGAAGCACAGCGCAGCAAAAUCAUGGACAAACGCCGCAAAAAACUGGAGAAGCAGCAGGAAAAAGAGACCGCAAAGAAAAGCGGCAAAGAAGAGCUGAAGAUCGGUCUCGGUAGCCAGGCAGUGCGGCAGUACCUGCUCGCGAUUGGCGACGCGUGGCAGACGCGUGUGGAAAAGUCGGCGUUCGAUCUACGUGCUUCUGGCCUGUCGUCGUUCUUGGAAGGACUGUUUGUGCGUUUGGGCAGUGGCGGCGCUCGUCGCAAGCCGAAGAUCGCCAAGGGCUCGCAGGACUUUUUGCCGCACCAGAUGGCUCUGCGUGAGAAGAUCUUUAACAAGAUUCGCAUCGUUUUCAAGCGUCACGCCGGUGUCGAGAUUGAGACGCCUGUGUUUGAGCUGAAGGAAACGCUCACGGGCAAGUAUGGAGAGGACAGCAAGCUCAUUUACGACUUGGCUGACCAGGGUGGAGAACUACUGGCGCUGCGCUACGAUCUGACAGUGCCAUUUGCUCGCUUCAUGGCCCUACACAGCCCUGGCAACAUCAGGCGCUACCAUAUCGCUCGUGUCUAUCGCCGCGACAACCCACAGAUGGCCCGCGGUCGUUUCCGUGAGUUUUACCAGUGCGACUUCGACAUCGCUGGUACGUACGCACCCAUGCUCCCAGAUGCCGAGGUUUUGUCGAUUGGUAUCGAAGUACUGCAGCAGUUUCCGGAGCUUGGCCCUGUGAAAGUGAAAGUAAGCCAUCGAUUGCUCCUGGAUGCUAUUCUCGCGAUCUGUGGCGUGCCAGCUGACAAGAUUCGCACAACGUGUAGUGCGAUCGACAAGCUGGAUAAGGAGCCGUGGAGUGAAGUACGACGCGAGAUGGUGGAGGAAAAGGAUAUUCUGGAGGAAGUGGCCGACCGUAUCGAGCCGUUCGUGUGCAAAGUGGGCUCGCCGCGCGAAUUGCACGAACAGCUCGUGAAGGAAAACAUGUUUGGCGACAACGUUGACGCGCGCCGUGCCAUGGACGAGUUGGCGCUGCUCUUCAACUAUCUCGAGGCCAUGGGCGUCCUGGAUUAUAUAUCGUUUGAUCUGAGUCUUGCUCGUGGACUGGACUACUAUACGGGUCUCAUCUACGAGUUUGUGUUGACGAGUCCGGAGCACGAAGUUGGCUCGAUCGCCGCCGGUGGACGCUACGACAAUCUUGUGGGCAUGUUCUCCGCGACGGACCAGCAGAUCCCCUGCGUAGGUGUUAGUCUCGGUAUCGAGCGUAUCUUCGGCAUCCUCCAGGCCCAUGCCGAGAAGCAGAUAACUAGCGCGGCCUCCCCGUCACAAGUCCUGGUCGCGUCCACGAGCAAUGGUUUGCUGAUACCGCGAUUGGAGCUAUGCAAGCAGCUGUGGCUGUCUAACAUUUCGGCUGAAGUAAUGCAGACGGAGAACCCCAAGUUUAUCAAGCAGCUGCACUACGCUUUGGAAAGUGGCACGCCGUAUAUGGUGGUAAUUGGCGAAGACGAGUUAGCCAAGGGUGUCGUGAGGGUGAAAGACAUGGCGUCGAAGGAUGAGGUGACUAUUGAGCGUACCGAGCUUGUUGCCGAGCUGCUGCGUCGAGGAUGCCGAACGACCGAUACACUCAGUGUGUGA